AUGGGUGUGGCUAGGGACUCCAAGGCACCAACUGUGUCCAUUGAAACAGUUUUGGUUGUUAGGCCAAUCAAGGUGAUCGGUGUUUUGUUCGGUGUGGUUGCUGUCCUGCUGCUGAGCCUGUCGCUUGCUGCCACGGCCUGGCUCCAUGCAGAUGGAGCUCGAGAAGGAUUGUGGGAGAGAUGCACUUACAACCAGACAGUCCCUGACUGGGUGGACUGUGGUCAAGCAUUACCCCGAGAUUGGGUGACUAUCUGCCAGUCGCUGUGCCUCGUGUCCCUGAUUGUGUGUGUCAUCGCUAUUGUGGUAGCCUCGAUAGGUCUCCGAACAGCAAACUUCCAGGCCAAGUACAGACUCUACUGGGGUGGCCUUGUCUGCUUCUUCAUUGCUGCUUUGAUAGAGAUCAUUUCCUUGGUCAUCUUUCCCAUCAAGUUUUUGGAUGAGAUUGAAAAUAGGGAGCAGGCCCAUUGGAGUUUUGGAUGGGCCUACAUUGUGGGAUGGGUUGGCGCCGUGACAGAGUUCAUUGCUGGACUACUGCUGUUGCUAGACAGAGGUGCGGAGGAGAUCGUCUACAAAGAGAAUGUGAUUCAGGAGGAGAGCAAAAACGGCAUUGAAGCUGGAGGCAACAAGGAAGCGGUCGAGGCUAACACAAGUGUCUAA